CAUCCACCUCAUCAAGAUUUAUAUUAUUUUCCUUUCCGACCCGCAAACUCGAUAGUCGCUGCUUGGACAGCUGUCGAGCCUUGUCACACCUCUAAUGGUUGUCUUUUUGUAUCGCCUGGAUCACAUAUCCCUCAACGAUUGUAUCCACAUGGUUACCCGGAGGAUAAAAAUGCAACCAAUAAAUUCUAUCACGGAAUUCACGACUUACCGAAAUCCACGGUAUGGAUUGAUUUAGAAAUGGAACCUGGUGAUACUGUAUUUUUCCAUCCCUUGCUUGUUCACGGCUCAGGGGUUAAUAAAUCAAAUCGCACGCGAAAGGCGAUAUCCUGUCAUUACGCAUCCGCUGAAUGUCAAUAUAUUGAU